GCCGACGACCGACGAGGCUAUAGUAUCUUUUGCAGCACAAUUUCGACACGCAAAUAUCUCUUGGCGGCUGCCACCGGACACCCCCACAUAAAAAGGGUUCAAAAUUGGAUUUUUCAACCAAGAUUGGCUUGUAUAAGCUAGAAAUUAGAGAAAUCAAGAUCACCCUUUUGUUCUUAGGAAGCGUAACCUAUGGAGACAGUUGAGGAGGAUCAAGAGUACAACUACAGGGAGGUGUUGCUCCCUUCUUUGAUCCCUAUUGUACCCCAACCGGAGUUGGAGAGGGAGACGGGAGAGAGGAGGAGAGGCCGAGACAUAUUGAUAGCGGUUGAUCAUGGUCCCAACAGCAAGUAUGCAUUUGAUUGGGCCCUUAUUCACUUCUGCAGGAUUGCUGAUACCCUCCAUCUUGUUAAUGCUGUGAAGUGUGUGGCUCGGAUUGUGGAGGGGGACGCAGGUAAGGUUAUUUGCCGGGAAGCAGACAGGAUAAAGCCAGCAGCUGUGGUUAUGGGUACCCGUGGCCGAAGCAUAAUGCAGAGCGUACUUCAGGGAAGUGUGAGUGAGUAUUGCUUUCAUCAUUGCAAAGCUGCUCCUGUUAUUGUGGUUCCUGGGAAAGCAGAAGCUGGAGAUGAGUCGCUAAUAUAGUGGGACUAGAGAAAAGAUGAAAGACUGUGAGUGGAAAUUUCCUUGUUAUGUGAUAUAGCUAUGUUGUUUUUAUGCAGUAUGUUAAUCUAUGGAAGUAGAAUGUCUCGUCUUACCAUACUGUUUGCAGCAUGUAAUUUAUAUUAUCUAUCGAUUGUUGCUGAUGAAAUGGAUAUUUUUCUGAUUGUUUGAAUUAAUCAAAAUCUUGAUUCAUG